AUGGACGAGUCGGGAAUUUCUACUGUGCCAAACAGAGCCCCAAGGGUGGUAUCAGUUCAAGGUAAAAAAGCUGUCGGAAAAGUUUCAUCGGCAGAAAGGGGUGAAUCCAACGGAGCGGACAACUUCACAGGGCAACAAGCUCAACAGGGGAAUCAGCCAAACCCCGCCAGAAAAACUGUCUGUAACAGCACUGACAGGGGAACUCAGCCAACUGACAACUUCACAGGCAAACAAGUUCAAACAGAAAGCAAUGAGCUCAAGGACAAUUACCUAGAAGCCAUAAACCGAGCAAUUCUCACAGGGAAACCAGAGGAUAAGAUGGAAGCAGCACAAAAGAAGAAAGCCUAUGAUCUGAAAUUAAAAACACUUAAGAAAGAAGAGAUCGCAAACAGAUUUGAGGAAGCAGACAACAAGACCAAAGUUUUAUGGAAUAUAAUUAACCAGGAAAGAAAGUCUCGUACCUCAAACAUGCAGCUAGACACUCUCAUCGUCAACAGGGAAACCAUCUCUUCACCAACAGAAAUAGCAAAUCAUCUCAAUGAAUUUUUUGCAACCACAGCUGAAAGAACACUCAUGAACAGCCACCUGAAUCAAAAUGAACUUCUUACUCCAAGACAGCAUGGCUUCAAGAAGAAUAAAUCAACAACCACAGCAAUAACUCAGCUAGUUGAAUCUAUUAUCGACAAACUAGAAGAAGGUUGUAUAGCCACAAGUAUCUUCCUAGACUUCAGUAAGGCCUUUGACUGCCUAGAGCAUGGCUUAGUAAUUGAAAAACUCAGAUCAUUAGGAAUUGAAGACAAAGAGGCAGACUGGUUCAAGAGCUACUUGAGCAACAGGAAACAACUCGUAGAGCUUACAUCAUCAAGCAACGGAAUAAUUCAUAAAAUAAAGUCGGAACUGUUACCAGUAACAAGAGGCGUACCUCAAGGAUCUGUGCUUGGUCCAGUGCUUUACACUCUUUUGACAAAUGACUUCCCACAAUAUCUGGAGAAAUACUGCAAGGUUGUGAUGUAUGCUGAUGACACUGCCCUUAUUAUUACUGAGAAAGACAAAGAACAACUUGACAUCAAUUCGUAUAUAGCUUUUGAUAUGGCAAAGCAAUACUGCCAUAUCAAUGAUCUGGUACUAAAUGAGAAGAAAACACAGCAGCUAAUUUUCACUGCCUCCCGAAACCAUCACAGGGGUCUCCCAGAGCUAGAGACUAGAACUGGAGACCAUCACAGCUACAACACAAGAAAUAGACACCACUUUGCUCUUGAAACACACCACCUAAGUUUAUAUGAGAGGAAACCAUCAUACAAAGGAGCAAUCUAUUUCAACAUUCUACCAGACUCACUGAAGAAAACACCAGCCAAACACCUGAAGAACUCACUCAAAAGUUGGUUUCUCCAGCAACCCUUCUACACUAUUCAAGAAGAAUUCAGUGCGGGAGCAGAGUCAGUGGUGAUUUGUCACACACCUGCGUAUGAAGAACCCUUCUCUUCCAUAUCUUCUGACUCAUCUUGCCCUUCUGGAAUUGAUGGAUGGACGCCUGCAAAGUCAGACCUUGCUGGAAAUCCAGUGGAUAUUCAGGGAAUAAUUUAUUCAGAUCAAAAGGAGAACGUGACAGCUAGGAGUAUUAAUUCUCACAGGCCAUCACUGGUACAUAAUCAGUUUCCCCCGUGGAGUAAUCCGUACUGUUCAGAGACUGGCCAACUUGAACAAGAUUCAAGACGACAUUCAAGGUCACGCAUGUCAGAAUUGUAUAAUGCUACUUCUGCAUCCUGUGAUUCAACUCUGAGUGAAAUGGAAUUCACAAGUUGUGUUAGUAUGCAAGAAAGAAAAGCAAGAAAUUCAACAAGAUACUCUGUUGGAAUGGAUUUAACAAAUUGUACAAAUGUACAUCAAGGAACAGUGAGAAAUUCAACUAGGUUUUCCUCAGGAAUGGAUAUGACUUCAAUUGUUGGACAGUCUAUGGAAAGUACACACUAUUCAUCUGGAGGCAUGGAUUUAACUAAAGCUGCAAUUUCUCAGCAGCACUUAAACAAUCAAUAUUUGUCACUGCACAAUAUUUCAAAUGCUACUGGUAUUAGUUUGAAUGAUUCAGAUUGUUUGGAACUUACUGAAGCUAUUGAUAAUCCAAAGCUGGCUGCCAUGUCAACAGUAUAUCAAGACAACAUGGAAUUGACAGGGAAUGUUAUCUAUUCUGGGAACAAUACUAAGUUCUCAUCAUCAGGAAUGGAUCUUACCAAUGCUGCAAUGCCUCGUCGUGCCUCCGCUAUCAGAAGAUCAACAAGAUAUUCCCUUAACAAUAUGGAUUUGACAGAAGCUGUUGGUGACGUUGAUAGCAGCAUUUUGGAUUUCACUGAGGUUGUUGGAGAGCCAGUUAUUGCUGAAAUAGAUCCAACUGAAAAAGAAAACCAUAAAGUUUACACAAGAUUUUCCACAAAUCUUGAGAAUACCAAUAUUUUGGGAGAUCGUCUGGAAUACUCUGCUGAUUCAGAAACCAGCAUGGACUUCACAAGGCCGAUACACAAUAUCUACCAAUCUUGUAGUAAUAGAGCUAGUAUGGUACCGAACAGUCACAUGGAGUUUACUGCACCCGCGGAUUGUCAACUUUUAGAGGAUAGGAAGUCAAGCUGUUUGAUAGAAUCUCAUGAAGGAUGUCAUGAUAAAUCAGCAAAUAAAACCAAGUCGAUUGAAAGAUUGUUGAAAGACCAUGAAUCUGAGAUGAAUUUUACCAAACUCAUCCAUGACAUCAAGAAUGCUAGUAGUUGGGUGAGUAUGCUGCCAAGUAGUGAGAUGGAAUUCACUGCAGUGGUAGAGAAUGAACCUUUAGAUGCGAAAAAAUCAUCAACUUUGAUAAGUGGUGAUCGUGACUUUACAUUGUCGGUAGAAAAAUCUAUAAAUAACAUUCACAUGAUAAAAAAUAUAGAAACCAGUAUGGACUUGACUAAACCCAUCCACAAUAUGCAAAUUGCCAAUAAUAGGCCAAGUAUGUUGCCAGAUGGUCAGAUGGAGUUCAUCUCAAGAGUAAAAAAUAACCCUUUAGAAAGAAAUUCAUCUUUAAUAGAAGAAUCUGAUGGCCAUGUGCUAACUUCUAACAUAUCUACAAAUAAAACAUAUAUAAGGGAAAAUUUAGAAGCUGAUACGAAAUUGAAUAAAUCCAUAGCCAGUAUUCAAACUGCUAAUAAUAGGAAUAGUAUGAUGCCAAAUAGUCAGAUGGAGUUUGCCUCCAUGGUAGAGAACCAGCCUUUAGACACAAGGAAAUCAACCAACGUUUCAACUUUAAUAGAAGAGUCUGAAAGCCAUGUGUUACCUUCCAACAGAUCAACAAAUAAAACCUAUCUAUUGGAAAAUCCAGAAACCAGCGUUGAUUUAUCUAAGCCUGUAAAUAAUAUUCCAACUUCUAGUAGAGCUAGUAUAUUACCAAAUAAUCAAAUGGAAUUCGCCUCUAUGGUAGAAAAUCAGCCUUUACACAAAGAGGAAUCAACUCACAGUUCAAACUUGGUAGAAGAUGAUUGUAUUUUACUCUCCAACAAAUACACAAAUAAAAUUCACUUAGUGCAAAAUCCAGAAACAAACAUGAACAUCACUAUGCCCAUACAUAACAUAGAACAUGUGGACAAUAAAAUCAGUGUUUUAUCAAAUAGUAGCAUUGAAUUCACUAACGUAAUGGAAACUCAUUCUUCAGAAGGAAAUCAAUUUUCUUCAAAUACAACAGAAGCUAAUGAUAAUUGUAAGAUGUAUAACAACUCAGGUGAUAAGGCUACCUCUGCCACACUCAAAACAACUGAUAAUAGCAUGACUUUGCCACAACAAAUGACUGAAGAGAUGUCCAUAGUAGAGGCUGAAAAUAAGACUUUAGAUGCAUCCAGAAGCAAAGUCAAUAAAAAUCAAAAUGACAUAGAAAAUGAUAGUUUGUUGUAUAAAUGUAUUAAACCAACUUCAAACAUUUCACCAGAAUUCAUAGCAUCAGUACAUGCUGAAACAAAAAAUGCUAGUAAAGAAGAUCUUGGCAUUGGAGGGCAGAUUUCUAUAACUCAAAAGCAAAAUGAAUGUUCUUUCACUUCUAAAAGUGUGGUUUUUGACACGCAACAAGCUACCAAUAUAUUGGCUGAGACAAUGAAUGUGUGUGAAUCUCCUGUUUCAAGUUCUUCUAAUCCAGAUAAGAAAAGUUUAGAAAUGGCAGAUUUAGAAAACACAUUUCAGGUAGUAGAUAGUACUUUAAGAGAAGAAGUGUCAGAAAUGGAUAUAUCACUUCAAAGUCUACGUGUUAAUGAUGAAAGCGAUGACUCUACAGAUGAUGAUGACGAACCAAAAUUGAGAAAUGAAAAUUUGGCCUCAGAAAUUGCCCCACAUAUCAAUUCUGAAGAGUCUGAUCUUGAUCUUGUUAAAAAUGUAGAUGGUAUAGAAAUUAUGGAAACUUCUCUUACACAAGAUACUAUAAAUAGUAAUCAAUAUGAAGUAUCAGAAAACAUCAUCACUGAAAAUAAAGAAAUUGCAGCAGUAAAGUUAAGUGAAAUACAAAGUGAUGUUUUGGGUUCGAACAUUGAAAACAAAAAUGAGGAAGCAAACUUAGAUCUGCUUAGUAUUGAUUACAAACUAAAAGAACCGAUUCAAGAAGUUCAAUCUAAUGAGAAUACAUCACUUGAUUCAGAAGAUUUCUGUCAAGAUGCAGUCAAUGAGACUAAUAUAAAUGAAACGGUCUCUAGCAAAAACAUUACGUUUACUCGUGGCAGUGCUAUUAAGUACAAUGUAGCUCCAACACUUUCUUAUGAUUCCUUCACCAAAAGCAACAAUGAUAAUAGUGUGAAUUACCCUCAGGUUGAGCACACGAGCAUGUUGGAAUCAAUGCCAUUGAUUCAGCGCAUUGAAAUGACAAAAGACACUCAGGACUGUACCAGCGAUACAGUGAAAUUAACUAAUUCAGUAUGUUCAAGACAGGAUAAAGGAGGUAAAAGAAGUUUUGAGGCAGCAUUGGAGCCUGAAAAUGAUACAGAAGAAAGUCCUGUCAAGCAGAUUUGUUUAUCGAAAUCAAGCACAAAUUUCCCUGAAUGUGACUUUGUGGCUAACACAACUGCACCUUCUUUUCUUAUGGACACAUUGGUUGCUACAGAUGAAAAUAUUCAAAAUCUAUAAUCAGU